CCUUCUGCUUUCAAGAUGACAAUUCAGCGUUCCAGUUUUUUUCUCAGAGGGAACACUGAGUGUAUCUAUAUAUGGCUACUGUUACAGGAGGGAUCAUGAGUACAUUCCCUGCGGGCCAAUAAGUGUGCCAGCAACCAUAGGGAGUAGCCAAGAAUUCGGCAGAAGAGCGACUCUUAAGACAAACAAAAGUAGCUCAAGAACAGCGUUCCUAAACUGCGGAGGCUUCUUAUUUCCUGGGUCCUCUUUCUUCUGCUUCUCCAUUCUCCUAGCCUGCGUCCAGCCCUCAAACCUCUCCUAUCCUCUCCCUGCCUCCACUGACUGUUCAGGACUGACCCAAACUCCCAGCCUCCCUCUGGCCUCCUCGGGUUCGUACACUGGUACCCGCCAACAUCCCCCAUCCCACCCAACCACGGCCGCGCCCGCGCCUGCGCAGAGCCUCUUCUCGCGCGAACGCGCUGCCAUCAUCCCCGACCUGCUCGCCAGCCGCGGGGAUGCGAGGUCAGCGGUAGCCUGUUGCAGCUCUUUUCGUGGAGCGACGGUUGUCGUCUGUAUCUCCGAACGCCUCCCACUCUACGCAGCCCCGCUAGUAUUCCUCGGGAUCCGGCCCAUGGGGCCUCACACCAGGCCCCAAACAGUAACCUUAAGCAACUAGACCCGGGAAGGUCCUGCGCGGCUGAUACGCGGGCGCGCGGGCGGCGAAGCCUUUGGGCGGAGCCCCGCCCCUCAAAGCCGGCUUCCUGCCUCUGCAUUGGUCCGGGCGCCCGUCAGUCUCCGCCCAUGGGGCCGCGCCGGCAGUGCUCCCCGCUGCCUCGCAGCUCUACGCGGAUUUACUGCCUAUCUCGGCGGGUGUCCAGCCGCCCCGGCCAGUCCGAGCCUGAGCUGGCGCCGGCUGCGGGAAGCCUCAAGAAGGAGAGGGCCGGACGCGGCCAGAGCUGAGCAUCGUCCGGGUGGGCUGCGAGGCCGCAGCCUCUCCGCAGGCAGCACCACCUGUCGCAGGGCGAGACGUCGGGUGAAAGGAAAGAUGUUGUCCAGGUUUCGAGUAGUUGCCACUUCUUGUACGCUGGCAUGUCGUCAUUUGCACCUAAGAGAAAAAGGCAAGCCACUUAUGUUGAACCCAAGAACAAACAAGGGCAUGGCCUUUACGUUGCAGGAACGGCAGAUGCUUGGUCUUCAAGGACUGCUGCCUCCCAAAAUAGAGACACAAGAUAUUCAAGCCUUACGAUUCCACAAAAACGUGAAAAAGUUGAAUGGCCCUUUGGAAAAAUACAUCUAUCUGAUGGGAAUACAGGAAAGAAAUGAGAAGCUGUUUUACAGAGUACUGCAAGAUGACAUUGAAAGUCUGAUGCCCAUUGUAUAUACACCAACAGUGGGUCUUGCCUGCACCCAGUAUGGGCACAUCUUUAGAAGACCUAAGGGAUUAUUUAUUUCAAUCUCAGACAGAGGUCAUGUUAGAUCAAUUGUGGAUAACUGGCCAGAAAAUCAUGUUAAGGCUGUUGUGGUGACUGAUGGAGAGAGAAUUCUGGGUCUUGGAGAUCUGGGUGUCUAUGGAAUGGGAAUUCCAGUAGGAAAACUUUGUUUGUACACAGCUUGUGCGGGAAUACGGCCUGAUAGAUGCCUGCCUGUGUGUAUUGAUGUAGGAACUGAUAAUCCAGCACUCUUAAAAGAUCCAUUUUACAUGGGCUUAUAUCAGAAACGAGAUCGAUCACAACGUUACGAUGAUCUAAUUGAUGAAUUUAUGAAGGCCAUUACUGACAGAUAUGGACAGAACACACUUAUUCAGUUUGAAGACUUUGGAAAUCAUAAUGCAUUCAGGUUCUUGAGAAAAUACCGAGAAAAAUAUUGUACCUUCAAUGAUGAUAUUCAAGGAACGGCUGCAGUAGCCCUAGCAGGUCUGCUUGCAGCACAAAAAGUUAUUGGUAAAUCGAUCUCAGAACACAAAAUCUUGUUUCUUGGAGCAGGAGAGGCUGCACUUGGAAUUGCAAAUCUUAUAGUUAUGGCUAUGGUAGAAAAUGGCCUCUCGGAAGAAGAGGCACAAAAGAAAAUUUGGAUGGUUGACAAGUUUGGUUUAUUAUUUAAGGGACGGAAAGCUAAAAUAGACAGUCAUCAGGAACCAUUUGCUCACUUAGCCCCAGAGAGCAUACCUGAUACUUUUGAAGAUGCAGUAAAUAUACUGAAGCCUUCAGCUAUAAUUGGAGUUGCAGGAGCUGGCCGACUUUUCACUCCUGAUGUAAUCAAAGCCAUGGCUGAUAUCAAUGAAAGGCCUAUAAUAUUUGCAUUAAGUAACCCUACAGCAAAGGCUGAGUGCACGGCUGAAGAAGCAUAUACACUUACAGAGGGAAGGUGUUUGUUUGCCAGUGGCAGUCCAUUUGAGCCAGUGAAACUCAGUGAUGGGCAAGUCUUUACACCAGGUCAAGGAAACAAUGUGUAUAUAUUUCCAGGUGUGGCUUUAGCUGUUAUUCUCUGUAACACCCGGCAUAUUAGUGACCAUGUUUUCCUAGAAGCUGCAAAGGCUCUGACAAGUCAAUUGACGGAUAAAGAGCUAGCUCAGGGGAGACUUUACCCACCACUUGCUAAUAUUCAGGAAGUUUCUCUUAACAUUGCUAUUAAAGUUACAGAAUACCUGUACGCUAAUAAAAUGGCUUUCCGAUACCCAGAACCCGAGGACAAGGCCAAAUUCAUUCGAGAACGAAUAUGGCGAAGCGAAUAUGAUUCCCUGCUGCCGGAUGUGUAUGACUGGCCCGAGUCUGGGUCGUGCCCGCCCCCGAUAGCGGAGUAGAAGCACGGCACGGAGAAGUACUUUCCAUGCUUCACGGAACUCUUUUUUUCCAGACAGAAAGCGAUAAUGUUAUCAAAUUCAUGGGUUUUUCUGUGUUUUUGUUCUCCCCCACCACUUUAUUUUGCCCCGUACGCGGUAGGCGUUGACUACGUUGUCAAUGCCUGCAGGCACCCUGCAAUCAGAUGACCAUAUUGCUUUCAUUUCUGAUUUCUGACUCAUACCACAUCAAAGAGAGAUUAAAAAUGUACUUGUGAAUGUCUUCACUUGUGCUCUUGUUCACUGUUGCCAGAGUAUUUGCUACUGCCUAGUACAGCUCAUGGUCUUCUCUAACCCAGCUCUUUUAGGGCUACAAAGAUAGAAAUUUACUUCUAUGCCUAUGAGUACAGAAUUUUGAGAAGAAGCCAAAUUUAACCUAAUUCUAAGGACAAAUUGUCAAUAUUGAGAAAUGUUCUUUUAUUUCUGCUUUAUUUUACCUUCCUGUUCAGCAGGUCCCUUCCAGCAGAUAGAUGGAGAGAAAUAUGAAAAAUCUACCCUAUUAUUUAUCUUCUGAAACUGAAACUUAACAUUAGAGAAAUGGGAGCUACCACUGUCUUUAGACAGAUAAACAAAAUAGUCUUUGUUUCCAGUAGUAUAUAAAAAUCACAGUGUAACUUUAAAAUAAAGGUAGUAUCUUAAAUUUAA